AUGGGCAUAUCUCGGGACCGAAGGCACAAGCACCGCAAGACUGGCGGGCGCUUCCCUGUGCACCAGAAGAAACGUAAGCACGAAUUGGGAAGACCAGCAGCCGUCACAAAACUUGGAUCCAAGCGAGUCCGCCCGGUCCGGUGCAGAGGUGGAAAUCUGAAGCACAGGGCCAUUCGUCUGGAUGCGGGAAACUACUGCUGGGCGAGCCAGAAGGUGGCUCGCAGGACUCGUGUCUUGAAGGUUGUGUACAACGCGUCCAAUAACGAGCUGGUUCGCACCAACACCCUUGUAAAGAAUUCCAUUGUUCAUGUCGACGCCACUCCGUUCAAGGCCUGGUUCCGUUCUUACUACGGUCUGGAUCUCGGGAAAAAGGUUCAGGGAGAGUGCGAAGAAAAGACUCCAUCCAAGCACACAUUAUUUGCUCAGGAACAACGGAGAAACCAAGGAUUCCCCAAGGUAGAUCCUCUCCUCGAAGAGCAAUUUAACACGGGUCGGUUGUUGGCUUGCAUCAGCAGCAGACCUGGCCAGGUCGGACGCGCUGAUGGAUAUAUCCUUGAGGGUGAAGAGCUGCUCUUCUACAAACGGCGGAUGGACAAGAAGAAGCACAAGUAG